AAUCACGGGCCCGGAAUAGGGACCGGUAACAUCAGCGAAUCCUUUCAGGGAAAUAAGGAAGAUGACAUGGAACUAAAUCACAGAUUAUUAGAACAAACGAAUCAGUACGGAUAAGACUGAGCAAAAAGUUGUUCGAGCCGCCUUGCUGGAGGAACGCGGACGUUUUUGCCAUCUCGCGAAAUUGAUCAAGCCGGUUCUCGACGAGGAAAUAGCGAUGCUGAUGGAUUUGACACAUCUUCAAGAGGUCUUUGAGCAACUGGAACUACAUACGCGGGUCCCGUAUGAUCUUCUAGCGUAGUGCGAGCAAAUAAUAACUGACUUGAAAUAGCAAAGCAACUCGGGCCAUUGGCCAUUACAUCACCACUUGACCUCAACUAAUCCGCUUUCGAGCCCUUCGUUGUCUCUGGGCUCCCGCAAAAGCUUCAUGUGCUCCAGCAGCGAGUCUUGCAAAAAUCAUCCUAGUCCAGCCUGGGGGCACCCUCACCACUGGCCCAGAUCGUUUUCUCAGAUAUCAAGUGGGUCUUCCCAAAGCAACGUGAGUAAAAUACUAAUACCGGAUCGACAAAUAUAAAUCAGCAGCAGCGUCCGCUCUCCAACGCCACAUAGCCCAAUUCACAAGAAACAGCCGCCGGUUAUAAGAGACAACCAUCCAAAGGACAGACAUCCGAUGAACGACCUCAUACUAUUUCGUCGGCUUACGAGAAGGCUGGUCAUAAGCGACCAGCGUUGAGUGUCUACACAUUCCAAACGCCAGACUCAACAGGGAUGUCACAGCUGUGACAGCCAACCUGCUUAACCUGUGUCUGCCAAAACUGUAGCGGUCAACCCAGCUUGCACAUCAUCAAAAGCUGGUAAAGCUGCUGACGCCCCGAGACGCUCCAGUCCAGAGCGCUCUACGUCCACUUCACGGUUCAAUAACGACGGUAAUGGUAAUCAACGUCCUGGUAAACCGAAAUUACUUUUGCCAGCGCAUUUAGCUAAAGAAUUAUUAGCAAAUCAAUUGGUUACCCAGUCGAUGUACGUAAACAUGAAUGAGUUGGCUAAUUUAGCAGCUAAUCGAACGCAGGAAAUGCAAGUUCGAACUGUACGCAAUUCUGCUGCUUCAUCAAACCCAAAUCUUCCUGAAAAGACUGAAUCAGCAAUAACGCCAUUACCAAAAGAAGAUACACCUCAGCAACCAGAAACGAGCAAUUUAGAUAUGAGCGCAACAUGUACAUUGCCUCGUUGUGGAUCAUUUCAGCAAAACAAGCCAACACGCUAAACUUCUACAAUAAUCACCUCAACGACAAGUAUUACUAAUACUCUCAAAGAGCGUACAAACUGCAGCAUCAGCGCGAGCAACCUUCUCCAAAUAGCCGGGCCUGACAGUGACUUCACCAGCUCGUUCCCAAACAUAGCAGACGAAGCAAAGAACCUUCCUCCGCCACCAGCAUUCCUAUUGGGAAGAAGUUCGUUAAUCGCGAGUCAUCUCCCAGCUAAAAGAUCAGUAUCCAUUUCAGAGACAGUGAGAAUAUUUACCAAGCUGCGUCAUACACCCGCUAGUUCGUCAUUCAUGCGUAAGCUGAUAGCUUAACAGGCACAACCUCCAGUAACACGUGUCACUCGGUCAGGUCCCGAGCAUUCGAGCUCCUCCAGGCGUGUAUUGACUUCCAUCAUUGAGUCAUCUUCAUCUGGGCACAGCUCUUCAAACACCACUGUCUCUAACACUUCGACUUUCAACUCCAGUCAGUAAAAUUUUAUAAGUGUUCAAAGUUUUAAAUUUAGCAGCUCUUCCAUCAACUAAGCUGCUGGCGCAAAUAUCAUUUUUACCAUUGAAUUAUAGACCCAAACUUGUUCUGCUCCGCGGCGUACCAGCGUCGGUUUUCUCGAGACGCUUAAUGCUAAAUUGGCGACACAGAAAUACCAACAGCAUCAGCAACAACUUCAACAACAAAUACCUCAAAUACACACUCACUUAAAAAGUACAACCGCGACAUCCUCUACUCUUAAUAGAUCUGCCAGCGUCAGACGGAUUAUGGUCAACAGAGUUCCUAUUAUAGAUCCGCUCCAAGUGAGAGAUUCAUUGGUGGAUCAACUAAGACGUAGUACUUCUUUGCGUAAAACAACCGGUACUAUUAAUGACUGGCUCCACAAAUAUAUUGA